UACCCGAGUGGGAGAGAAAGGGGAAUCUUUAUGAAGGAUUGAAACAGUAGACUGAGUGGGGGGGAAGGGGAACAGUGCUUCGGAGUAAGAGUAAGGUAAGAAUUGCUUCAUCAUCUCUCCCAGCCGUGUAUGGUUUCUGGGUACUUAGUGUUUAGCUUGAACAUGUCGGGGCAGAGCUGCUGGCUGCCCGCCGCGUUCCAGCCCCGGCUGGGCUGCACGCCAUUGGCUUUCCCGCCUCUCGCUGCACUGCUGCCGCCGUGCGGUGCGCGCGCGCAGCUGCCCCUGAAGCGACCGACAGAGCGCGGCCCUUCCAGCCCCGCCCGCUCUCCGUGCCCUGAGGGGCCGGGCCCCGCCUGCGCGCCUCGGGGCGGAGCUGCGCGCCGGGGACGCCGGCGUAAGGGGCUGGGAGAAGCCGCAGCCCCUCCCUAGCGGCCGGAGGCUGGCGCUGUGGCGUAGCCAGGGCCUGGGGAGCGCGGUGAGGCCGUCUGCGGUGCUGAGCCCCGCCCUGUAGGCGCAGCGAUGCUGGUGCUGGUUCUGUGCGCGGCCGUGCUGGCGGGCGGCGCGGCCCAGGACGACGACUGGAUCGACCCCACCGAUAUGCUCAACUACGACGCGGCGUCGGGGACGAUGAGGAGGCCUUACAAGGUAAACUAUCACGAUUCUGAGGACAAGACAGUGGAUGGAAUCAUCACUGAAAACUUAUCAAGUUGUUCCAGGGAAGUGGAUUCUUUACAGCAGAAGGUUGCAGAAUGUGAGAAGAGGAACGCCAAAUCUCGUGAAAGCCGGAGCUUUUAUAUUUUUAAGCGGUACUUGAAUAAGAUUUUAAAUGAAGCUGGAAAACUUGGCCUUCCUGAGGGAAACGUGGACCAAGUGCAUUACGAUGCCGAGAUUAUCCUUACAAAACAGACGCAUCUGGAGAUCCUCCGGUUCCUGCAGGAGGAAGCGUGGCAGUCGGGUGCUGUGGAUGAUGCGCUUAGCAAUAUUUUGAUCAAUUUUAAGCACCACGAUUAUAAAGCUUGGCACUGGAGAUUUGAAGACACCUUUGGGAUUGAUCUGUAUAAUAUGUUUAUGAUACUCUUGUGCUUAGUGUGUGUUGUGAUUAUAAUAGCUACAGAGCUGUGGACACGUAUCCAUUGGUUCGUUCAGCUGAAACGUGUUUUAUUAAUAAGCUUUCUCAUCAGUUUUGCGUGGAAUUGGCUUUACUUAUAUAAGCGGGCUUUUGCACAGCAUCAAGCAGAAAUUGCCAAAAUGGGGCAGUUUGAUAAUGUCUGUGCUGAGAAGUUGGACUGGAGAGAGAGUCUUAUUGGAUGGCUCAGAAGCCAGUGGACGUUGCAGGACGAUCCGUGUCAGAAGUACUACGAAACUCUGCUAGUAAACCCUGUUUUGCUGGUUCCACCAACAAAGGCACUGGCUAUUACUUUUACCACCUUUGUAACUGAGCCUUUGAAGCAUGUGGGACAAGGUAUUGGCGAAUUCAUCAGAGCGCUUAUGAAGGAGAUACCGCUGAUCCUGCAGGUUCCAGUGCUAAUCAUGAUGGCUCUGUUCAUUCUGGCUUUCUGCUAUGGUGCAGCAUCAUCAGUGUCUGUGAUAAGAUAUUUAAUGCCUUCUCAGAAGAAGAGGCUUCCUCUACCUGAUGGUCAACGGGAGGAAAUAGACUUCAGCCAGUAUGAUGGGAAUAAAUCUGAUGGCUACUAUUCACAGAAGACUCCUUGCAUUUACAGAGGCCCUUACGACAGAGGAGAUGUUCAGAUGAGACCUGGAAAUAGCAGCAGCAAUCCUGACGUGCUGCAUGCAAGCGCCAAGCCAGAUGCACAAGUAGAAGAGUCUCAGAAACCAAAAGCUGGUAAUAGAUUGCACACUGAGGCUGAAGUUUGUAGACUAGAAACUCCUCCAGCUGCAACACUUAGUGGAGAAAAGGCAUUUGAGCAGGAGAAGCAGCAGACAGAUAAAGCGGAGCAAGAGACUGGAAAAAACUGUGAUCCUAACAGAAACGUGGAAGGACAAAGUUCUGCAGAGGGACCGGCGGAAGAGAUGAAGAGCAGUACGUGUGAGUCACACGAAGGAGACUGAGGGGCCCCCAUGCUUUCUGGUGGAGUAGAGGAUGUUGCUACUGAAGCAGCUGAGAAUCUGUUCUUCUCCUGGAAGUGGCAUCUCUGAUCAUCCAUCCUGUUACUCUGGAAUCGGCUCAGCAGAUCAAAGAACCCUUCAUCUGCCACUGUUUCUCGACUGUUUCUCUGGAGAGGAGAGAAAAGUUAGAGGUACUUGGAACUCAGAAGUACCUAAAACUAGGGCAGUUUGAUUCCGGUAACAUAUUUGCAUAUCUGAAAUACAUUAAACUAAUUUUAUUAGUCAUCCA